UGACGGUUGCUCUCCCGUGUUCCCAGGAGUGGGGAAAUCCCUCCUCCUCGUCCAUCUGCUGUGUCCAGAACCAAGUCCUGGGGAACCCGUCCUGGACUGUCUGCUGUUCCGUGGGAUGUCAGGCUGCAUGAAUACAAGGAGGGGACCCCGGAGGAGAAGACGUUUUUCAUCGAGCUUUGGGACGUUGGGGAUCGGUCGGCAGCGCCAGCAGUGUAAAGAAGGCCAGAGCCGCCUUCUACAAUGGCAUCAAUGGUAUCCUCCUGGUCCAUGAUCUCACCAACAAGAAGUCAUCUCAGAAUCUGCACCGCUGGCUACUGGAGACUCUCAACAAAGAUCUGCAGCCAACGGGUGUGCUGGUCACCGGUGGGGACUACGACCGGGAAAACUUUGCCGAUAACCAGAUCCCCCUGUUGGUCAUCGGCACUAAACUGGACCAGAUCCCAGAGGCCAAACGCACAGAGGUCCUGAUCCGCACCGCGUUUCUGGCGGAGGAUUUCAAUGCCGAAGAGAUGAAUCUGGACUGCAACAACACGCGUGGCCUUGCUGCCGGAUCCUCCAACGCCGUCAAACUUAGCAGGUUCUUUGACAAGGUAAUCGAGAAGCGAUAUUAUUCCAGGGACUCCACCUCGGU